AUGCACCAAUUAUUAAUUUAUUUAAACAUUUUAUUUAUUUUUUUAUUUAUAAAAAAGAAUAAUUCUUUUAAUGAAAAUGAAGAAAAAUAUGAUGAAAUAAAAUUAGAAAAUGUUCAAAUUAAAGUUCGUGAAUGGCAAAGUGGGAAACAAUUGGGGAAUUUUAUAAUUCCUUCAGAAAAAAAUGAAAAAUAUUCAAAGGGAAUUAGAUUAGAAGAAAAACUUGCAAUUAAUUUACAAUUUAAUAUUAUUGACAAAAAUACUAAAAAAUUAAUUGAAGGAAUUCAACAAAAAUUUUUGCGUUUAUGGCAUUCAAAAACAGAAGAACACGAAGUAUUUUUUAUUGGGAAAAGAGUAACAACAAAUAAUGAAGGAGUGGAAGGGAAAUAUUUUAUUGAAAUUGCAAUGCCUAAAGACACACAAAAAUUUAGUGGCCGUCCAGGACGUUAUCAUUGUGAAUUGAUUAUUGGGGAUAUUCGAAUUAAAAAUCCCUUUCGUUGGCAUUUAAUUGAUGUUUUUGUUGAUAUUCCAAAGCGCCGAAAGUUAUUUGUGAAUGAACCAACAACAUAUACCCCCCGAGAUAGAUCACCUAAAACAGGACCUUUACCAGAAUUGUCACAUAAAUUCAAACAAAUUAAUAAAUGUAAUUUAAAUUGGUCUACAAAAUUCUUUAUUUUCUACGCCUUUUUAUGUUUUAGCCCUUUAAUUUUGUUAAUAAUUCAGGUAUUAAAUUUAAAUUAA